CACAGCUACGCAGGACAGGACAGCGACCCCUUGGUGCUCAACUGAAGCAGACCACCUGACGAGAUGAAGCACAUCUUGGUCGUCACUCUUCUACUCCGUGCCCUGGUCUCCCUGUCACUGAGUGAGAACAGCAACGAACCACAGAAGUGCUGCUUUGACUUCUUCAAAGUCAGAAUCCCAGCAAACACAGUGACACACAUUGAAGAGACAGAUGGCCGAUGUGUGUAUCCUGGUGUGAUAUUUUACACGGUACGGAAACAUGAGAGAUGUGUGGACCCCUCUCUGCCGUGGGUUAAAAAAAUUAUGAAGAAUCUGCAGAUAUCUCCCUUUGAGAAGGAAAAAGGACACAACAAGCUUGUGAAACCUUCACAGAGGAAACAUCCAACACCUAGUCUAGGCAUGAGGAGAAAAGCGCGGCCUGAAGACCUUAUGUCGGCCAGCAGGUGGCGCAGUGGUUAGACAUGCCUCCCUCCAUUUGAAGGGCCAAGGUUUGAAUCCUGUCUCCUGCUGUAGUACCCUAGAACAAGAUGCCUACUCUGAAUUGUUUCAGGAUAAAUCAGCAUGUUUUGUCCAAGGUUAAAUGACAGUAAGCAUCUAAACAGCAUGAGUCGCUCUGGAGGAACGUAUCAGUCAAAUAAACAACUAAUUGAUGCCCUAGGCAACUUCAUUAGUCCAAAAAGUCUUUUUGUUCUGUUUUGCCAUAAUUUUAAUAUUAUGACACAAUGGCAUAGGGACAUAGUGGUUAGAGUCCAUGCUGGGCAAUCUAAAUGCUCUCAGUUCAAGUCACAUUCAUUCUUCAGUACUUUUGUGCACAGUAUUUACCCUAAAUUGAUACAGUUAAAAAUGUAAUGCGGUUUACUGUAUGGGGUGCAUACAUUUACAAACAGUAAAACCGCAGCAUUUUAAGUUGCUUUAGACAAAGAUUCGCCUGCUUAUUAUCAAUAACUGCUUGUCAGACAAAGGGUCCUGGCAGCCCGGAACCUAUCCUGGAAACAUAGGGUGUUAGGAUACACCAGGACACACCCUGGAUAAGAUGCCAAUC